AUGGAUAAUUUGGAUUCAGCAAAUACAUCUACUUAUGCUUUACUAUCUAAUGUAAAUAGCCAAAGUGUUUUUGAGAAGUUUAAAAGAGAAGAUGAAGCUAUCUAAAAAUAUUACGAAUCUGAAAGUUUAAAAAAAAUAUCAUAUUUAGAUCCAAAUUAAUACUAUUAACAACUUUACAAUUAGAUUGAAUAAACAGAAAAUAUCAUUAAGUAUUUAAACUAUGUUCUAAUCGAGUAGCCAUAACUCGCUGUUUAAGAAAAAAUAUAAUCAGUAAAAUAAAAUAUGUAGAGAUCUGGAAAGAAUAUUCCUUCUCACUUAGACAUUUACAUUAGAGAAAAGUUGGAGAGAGAUAAAAAAAUUGAUAUUAGAAAUAAUAUACAUGGAUAUAAAAGAACUUAUUUAUAGAGUAGAUAUUUAAAGAAUAAAAAAGAUGCUAAAACAAAUGAAUAGAGAGUUUAAAAAGUUGAAUAAUUUUUGUAGGAAUAAGAAUAAUUGAGUUACUUUUUAAGUAAAAAGUCUAUCUAUGAUGAUAAUAUUAAAAUACCCUUCAAUUUAAUGUAGAAUAGUUCUAAAAGAUCUCAAAUUUUUAAAUUUGAAGAAUAAGAAAUUUUAUUUACUGUUAAAUCCGUUAAAAUUCAACCUUACUAAAUGGUAGAAGAUUAUGAAUUAUAUUAAUAUUAAGAUUAUCUAAUUGAGCAUUUAAAAGAGCCAUAUUAAAUUUGUGUAUAUCCUCCAGAAGAAGCGUAAUCAAGUACCAAAUCAAUAAAGUUAUCUAUAAACCUUAAUUAGCUAAAUUCAUAGAAUUAAAUAGGAAAUAAAUAAGAUGAUAUUGAAUAAAAAAUUGAAAUACUCACUUCAAGAUUGGAAUAGUCUUAAGUUACAUGCGAUAUGUUAAUUGAUUAAUAUUUAAUGAAAAUAAAUGAUACUUCAAUUUUAAGUAAUCAAACUAAUAUAUUAACUUAUGAUAAUCAAAAUAUUUUAAAGGAUUAAGAAUUAAAUCAAGACAUAAGUGAUAAAAUUUCAAUUUUAAAAAAGAAAAGGGCUAAAUAAGAAAUAAAAAUCAAAGGGAAGCUAGGAUGGAUCAAAGAUGAAAACUAGAUACUUUAUGCUUAUAAUAUUAAAGAUAAAGAAAUGGAAGAAUAUAAUUUUAAUGUAUUUGAAAAGCUGCUAAAAUAAUAUAGCCAAGUAGAAUGUGAAAUAUAAUUUUAUGAAUCAGAAUAAAAACAAAAACUUAAAAUAUUACAAUAAAAUAAUUAAACUAGAAAAAAAGUUUCUGAAUUUUUGAAAAAAAAGAAAAAUAUAUUGUAUAUUUUUUAUCAUAUUAUUUUAUAAGCAUCUCUUGAUAAUAUUUAGUACUUGUUUCCUUUUGCUGAAAACAUCUACCCACUCUAUAACUGUAACUAUGAGACAGAUGUUUAAUAAAAAUUGCUCUCAAAUAAUUUCUUAAUUUAAAAAUAACUAAUCAAUAUUCCUCUAUACUUACAAAAAAUGUCUUCAUUAAAAGAACUAAAUAAAGGGCAAGAAUAAAUACCAAAGCUUUUUCAAAAUAGCGAAAUAAUAAUAGCAGUUUUAAGAGUAUUUAAAAAGCACAAUAAAAUGAAUUAAUAUAAAUAAAAUAAAAUUAUUGUUCCUUAACUAAAAAUCGAAAAGAAUUUAAAUUAAAUAAAUCAAAUAAACAAUUUAUAAUUUCAAAAUUCAACUCCAAAAAUAUAUCAAUCAAAUUUGAAAAAUAACUAAUUAAUAAUUUAAUAAAAUGAGUAAAAAUUUUUAAAUAGCUAAAAUAAAAUUGAAUUAGAGGAAAUAAUGUUUGAAAACUUGUAAAAACAAUUUUGUGAUAUUUAUUCUGCCCAGUCAUCAAGUAGAAGUAAAGCAGGUAGUCAAUAGUCUAUUAAAUCAGAGCAACAGUUGUAGCAGUAGCAUCCAAUAUAGAAAGAAAAAAAUAAAGAAAAAGAAUAAUAAAACAAUAUAUAAUUUUUACCUAUUAACUUUAAAUACAAAAGUUUGAGUCAGCAAAAUUAAUUAUAAAAAAAAAUUUCAUAAACAUAAAUGAUAAAUACAAUUUAAAACGACUAUUUGAUACAGUAAUUGAUAGAUACUACUCUUAUAGCUAAUAUUCCAAUAUCCAAUUCCAAAUAAAAAACUAAAGACAAACCUUAAAUUAUAGAAUAAGUUUAAGAAGAUUCAAGGAAUCUAUAUGAUGAAGAUAUUAUUAAGGCGGCCUCGGUAUUUAAAAAAAGCAAGAACAAAGAUAAAUUCAAGUUUAGAUGGCUAGAAUUAAAGUAGUUUACAUUAAUUUGGUAUAAAAGUGCUCCUGAAUUAAAAUUUAACUAAAGCAACGGAAAGGAAAGUAUAGUUUAAAAGAAACCAAAUGGUUUUGGAGAAAUUUAAAUUGAUUAAGUUGAAGAUUUUAUUGUAGCAAAAAAGCAUGCAUUCAUUGUAAAACUUCUAAAUAGGAAUUUAGUUAUUGAAUAUGACAGCACAAGAGUUGGCUUAAUGUGGAGUAAAACAAUAAGAAACAUGGUAGCAUUAAAAGCUUACAUGCAUUAUUUGAUAAAGAUAGGAAACAAUGGAAACUUAUUUAAAUAUUUUAAUGACCUUGAUGUGAUUGAAUUAAAUCUUUCACACUAUGCUAUUUCAAAUAAAGAGUUAUCUAAGAAAAAUCUUGCAAUAGAACAAAAACUAUGCAUAUUAAUUUUUGACACAAUUACGUCUCAUUAGAAGCUACAAAUUAUUAAUCUAUAAAAUUCUGGAUUAUCACCUAUUUCUAUAAAAGAAUUAUUUAAAUACCUUAGUAAACCAUUAAAAAAAACUAGAAUAAAUUUUAUAAAUUUAAGCUAAAAUGAAAUGGACCCUGAGAGUGUGAGAUAACUGAAUGUAUAUUUAUAAAGUGAGAACUGCUAGUAGCUUUAAAAUUUGGUUUUAGAUGAUUGUAAUUUGAAAGAUGGACUCUUUUCUUUAAUUUUAGAUGCAAUAAAGGAAAGAUACAAAUGGUAAAUGCAUAAUUAUUACAAUCCAGUGAAAGAUGAAAUUCCAGAAGAGACAACUUGGAGAUAAGUUAGUCUUAGGUAUAGCAAUAAAUCAAAUUAAAAUAGCCCAAGAAAGGAAUAGGUGUAUUUCUUUUAGAGAUUAAGCUUUGCUGGAAACUAAAUAACAGACAAAGGUUUACAGAGGUUUAUGAAAACUAUAGAAGAUAUAUAGAAUUAAGCUCAACCAUUGAUUUAAGAUUUGGAGGAUUUUGAAAUGAUUGAUCUUGAUUUAUCAAGAAACUAAUUUAUAAACGAACUCUCAAAUUUUGGUGCUUUCAUUUCACAAAGAUAAAUAUUUAAAAAACUUUAUUUAGAUAACCUUAAAAAUCCUUUACCAAAUUAAUUAGCAAGCUUUAUAUUAAGUUUCUAAGACAAUUAUAGGACUGAAUUACUUUCUUUAAGAGGUAAUCCGCUUUCAGUUGAAGCUUAUACCAAUUUAAUUAAAGUACUUGAUGAAAAUUUUACAAUUCAGGAAAUAAAAAUUGACUUUACUACUUUCAACUAAUUUGAAAAAACAUAUACCGAGCUAGAUAAGCAAUCUAACAACUUAAGGAGUUAAUUUUUUUCGUUUUCAUUAAUAUAAAGCUAAUAAAACUGA